UGAAAUGAACAUACGCCUCUUACUUGGUCGUUGGUUUUUAGGUUGAAGCUUAGUUUAUUACAUUCAAAUUUUUUUGGUUUUUCUUUUUGUGGUACAUCGGCGUGUAAAAACAAUCCCAAUUCCCAGCUUUGUUGUUAUGCAUUAAAUUGUUUAUUCUUAAUAUUUGCAUUAAGAAAUUUCGUGUGAAUUUAAUUAUAAUUAGUGACGAAUUCGACUUAUGAACUUAUAAUCUAUAAAUAUUUAUAUUUAUUAUAAUAACUGAAAAUAGUUAAAAUGUCAUAACACGGUUCUUGAAAAAUAUUACAUCGCGAAAAGCGUGUCUUCUACCAAUAAACAUAAUUACACAAUUUAUUUGUUUAUGUUUAUUUAUAAAAAAACGAUUUAUGCUGAAUAAAAUACCUAAAAAUAAAAACAACAAAAAAUAAUUAAAAGUGUCAACAUCACCAUGAUGAUACCAGGACCUGCUACAAGCCUAAGGAUUAUGCAACAACCACAAUUAAUAGGCUUUAUUGUCUUGCUACUACUUCCACUUGGGCUAACACAACACCCAGAUGAACCCUAUAUUGUGGAGCCAACACCUGCCCUCAGAUUAGGAGAUGAAGAACUGACCACCGUCCUUUUGGUAAGCAAUGACAAUCGCACGGCAUCUCACGGCAGAUAUUUGAAUGUCCGUCCAAACGUGGGACUUCUAACGUCAACUGCUAGAACUUUUAUUCAGGAGGGUGUAACGACUGAAUAUGCAACCCAGGUGCUUGGAACAACAUUAGAAAAUGGACGAAUUUAUGCUCAGCUAUUGAAAAAAAGUUCAAGAGUACUGUUUGACAAAGAAAGUGUUAUUGCUCCUAGUGCCCCAAACAAUAAUGGAGCUGUGGUGCAUACCAGCAUCAUUGGUGAAGAACCGGCUCUUUACCCCCAUCCACGAUCAUUGCUCCAAAGCCAUAACGAUUUAGUAGCUGACAAAGACUGGCAGGAUAUCGAUGAUAGAUUAAUUUUAGAAAAGAACUCAUUUGUGGGUAAUACUGAUUAUAUUGGAGGUCUGCCAAAGCGUUCUCAUAUUGUCUUUCCUGUAAAAGCAUCUACUACGGAAGACAGAAAUCCACAAAACGAAAAAAUAUUAAAAGCAGAUUACCUUCACGAUAAUUUUACGUCUACUAAGGAUAAUGUCAAAUUAAAAGACGAUGCUUCUAAAAUAUUUGCAAACAAAGUUCAGCCGGUUGAUUUGCCGACAUACACAAUUAAAAAUAUUUUUUCCCCAAGUGGGUUUUCAUGGGAGCCUAUUCCAGAAACAGGGAAACAAGAUCAAGAAAAUGUCGAUGCUAUUUACACGAGCAACAGUUCGUUCUCUGUUCAAAGAUCUCCAAAACUCCUUUACCAUCAAGUGAUAAAAGAUGUGCAAAGCAGGACAUUGUCAACGGUUACCUAUUAUGGUUUUGCAGAUUUCACGACCGUUGUUGGUGAUAGUGUCAUUGUAUUUUCACCAAGUACAUCUGCUGAAAAAAUUCCACCAGCACAGGUGACUUCAAUAAAGGGAAAGGCAACUUUGGGCCCCCAAGAGGCAUUAUAUGUUUCACAAGUUCCAAUAACUAUUACUCAAGACUGGAUUGAACCAACUUUUGUUACUUCCAUGCUAUCUACUGUUGUUAACGAUAUAAAAUUCAUGUCAACAGAUUUGCGAGAAAAAAAUGAAACUGAAGAAACCGACAAAAAACUCAAUGAAAAUGGUGGAGAAAAAGACAAACAUAUUGAGAGACACCAAAAUAAAGAUGUUGAUGAUGAGAAAAUCAUUGAAAAAACCACUGCCAAUGACUCUGAUAAACAGCAACAUGCCCAUGUGACUGAUGAAAUUGAAGAGGAAAAUAGUCAAGAAGAAACAACGGUUUCACCCGAAUUCAACGAAAAUGAACUUAUGACGUUGGCUACAACCGAAAACGAUAUCGAACAAACCACUGAAGUGGAUUCAGAUAAUAAUCAAAUUGAACUUAUAAAUUUGUCAUCAUCCAUGCCCGAUAUAACUUCCAUUCAGUCAGAAAAUGCUGUUGCAGCACCAACUCAAACUACGUCUCGAAUAAUGCUCUCCCGACCAUCUGAUGAGGAAAUAUUAAAAAUUUACUCAUCUUUGGCACAAGCAGAACUGGCUUCUCAAAAGUCUUCUGAUGUUUCUUCCAUUAACAAUCCGAUCGAAUCAAUGGUUACAAUAACAGAAAAUAUAGAAGAAAUCUUACCAACUAGUGAAAACAUAUUAGAAACUAAUACUGAAAUACCAGUAAAAAUUACAACAACAAAUUCAUUAACAGUCGAUGCUGAUCAAAUUCAACCAAAUAUUCAGACCAAAGAAGGUGCUACAACAAUUUUCUAUGAAGAUGAUCCAUUCCUAGAUUUUGUCAAACCAAGUUUAAUACAACCAAUAACCAUUCAACCAACUAAAUUGUUUGAAACAACUUUAGGUAACGAGAAUGAUUCAGAUAAGGAUGAUGCUAUAACAGAAGGUUCUGCUACUGACGCAUCCAUAAAUGACGAAGAUUCUACAAAUUCAUCGCCAAACAAUGCAAGUUUGGAGAACGAAAACACUCAAGAACAAUUCAAGCCAAUAAUAAAAGAAAUCGAAGAAAAUGAAGAAGUUGAAAAUUGUGUUCGGACAUCACAGAUUUACUUAACGCAAGUCCCCAAAACGCUAACAUAUUACACAACUUUCUUUAUUCCAAUUGAAAAUGAUUCGGGAUCUUCGACAUCAAUCGAAUCAAAAAUUGUUCCAAGUUUUGAUAUAUCAGAAGCUACAAAACACUACUGCAUUCAAUCAACUAGAGCUGAAAGUGUUGAUCAAACUGAAACAAGAAUAUCAUCAGUAUUGGAACGUCCACUGGAAAUGAAUCUUAAAUUUGAUGAACAGACAAAUUUGGUGCAGCAAGCAACAGAGCCGAUAUUGAUAUUAAAUGAAAAUGAUGAAGUCACUGAAUCUAAUGCAGCAUCUGGUGAUGGAGAAAAUGAUAUUAAUGGUUAUGAGGAUGAAACUGACAAAAACGAAGAAAUCGAAGAUGAUGGUAACUUUCAAGAAUCUGACGAAGAAAUUGAACUCAUUUACAAAACCUUGUACACAACUUAUACCUAUCUCACAACAUUCUUUCAUGACUCCACAACAACGGUUUCAAGUCACAAGGAAAUUGUUACAAAUAUCAUUACGUCCAGUAUGAGUCUUGAGAGUGUUAGCGCAAUUGAAGAUGGAGAAAUCGAACCCACUUCCACAAAACCACUAAUUUCUAGCUUAACUACACCAACACUCAUUAACCAAUCAAUUCGUCCAAAUGCCAAAUUUGAUCUUCAAUCAUCAGAUCUAAUCAAAAUUGAUGGCAUUUUGAGAGAAGAUUCCGAGCAACAAAGCAAACUUACAGAACAACUAGACUAUAAACAAAUUGCAAAGACCUUCUUUACAACAUAUACAUAUUAUACCACAAUUUUCGUUGAUGGUGAAACAGAAAUUAUGAGUCGCACCGAAAUUCAUACAAAUGUGAUAGGAAAAUCUCAAAUAGAUGAAUCAAUUAGUCCAUCAGCAAGGAAUUUACAAAUUGAUGAUACCGUUUCGGAUGAGGAUAAUGCUGUUAUUGACUUGCGUCCCACACCUACUUAUGAUACUAUACAAAGAACAGCAAUUCCAUUGGACGAAAAAUCCAAAUUCAACGAAAGUCAUAUGCAAGAAUUAGAAUCGUCGUCAAGUAGUUCAUCGUCAAGGAGUGAGAAAAAAAUUGUCCCUAUCAUUGAUUUGAACAUCAAAUCAUCAUUGACAAUCGGUUCAAAUGGACAAAAUCAAAUAGUUGAAAAUAGUGUUUUAGAAGAUCAAAUAAGUUCAGAGAGUAAUACAGAAGAAAUUAUACCUUCGGCAACACUUCUUUUGCAGACAAGUUUUACCACAUUUACCUACUAUACAACAAUGUACAGUAAUGAGGCAACUAAUGUUGUAAGUCGUUUAGAAACUAUAACUAAUAUUGUAACAGAGACAUUGCAACCAACCAAGAGUCGAAAUUUAGUUGAAGCCACGUUACCAAUAACAUACUUUACAACAUUCACGUAUUGGACUAAGCUGGCAAAAGAUGGUGAUAUAACCACCUUGAGUCGCGAAGAAACAAUUUCAAAUGUUGUAACACCAAGCGUUACAGAAUUAAGUGACAGUAGUACGCUAUCCAUUUCAACUGUUGAGCCUAUUUUACAGACAACAAAACCAUUGUUAAAGGACGAAAGUCAAUCGUUGUCAAGUGAUUUCUCUAAAGACAUUGAACCAACAACAUAUUACACAACUUACACUUAUUACACAACUUCAUACGUCGCUGAUCAAACAGUAACUAAUAGUCGUUUUGAAACUGUAACAAAUGUAUUGAUCCCUUCAAGUAUUUCUUCUAUACUUCCACCGCCGAUGCAAACUACAAAUGAAGUCGCUGAAAACAAUAUUGGAAUUGAAAAUCCAACACCUCAGAUAAUUUCGUUUGACUAUAAGACAAUCGUAGAUGCCGAAGGUAUCAGCACACUCUUCUUUAAAACACAAGUAUUAGCGACAGUCUUAGAUGGAACUUCUACGCAAAUUGCAUCUAGCACAUCAACAAUCAAUAUCGAUGAAGUGAAAAAAGGUCUUUCCACAAAGACUGCAUCCAAAGGAGUUGAAUCAAAUUCUACUAGGAUGUACAAGACCGGCUUGGUGCGAUUAAUUGAAGGCACAAAACUGGCCAACCAAACUACAACUGUUUAUGAAUCGAAAGUUAUUGGAACUUUUAUUGAUGAGCGCUAUGCACAGAUAAUCGAGAGUACAUCAAGAUUCAUCAUAGAAAUGAGUGCAUCUCCACCCUCGGCUAUAGAAGCUUCAUCAACACUGAACCCAUCACUGGUACAGCCAACUGUUUUAUUGGUGGCCUCACAAGACAAAGCGCUUGAAAGUUCUAUAAGCGAUAAUCAAGAUGAAGACAUCAAUCAUAAUCAAGAAACUGAUGACGAUGUAGAUGAAUAUGGAAAUCAAAAUGGAGAUGAAGAAAAUGAUGAGAGUGGUCGGACAAGAUCCCGAUUAUCUUUCCAAACUAAGAAAAAGACUUUCACCCCUGUUAUACGACCUUUUGUUUCGCGAAACCGGCCGCAAUUUGCACCUAAACGUAAAAAUAUUCUCCAAAGCAGCGCAACCAUUAUAACUAGGUCUGAUUUAACACCGACAAUUACAGCCACUCCAGCUUUAAAGUCUGAUGUACGAGGUCGCUUUAGCAGUUCGAGAAAAUCUAAUGUGGGUAUUUCAAGUAUAGCUACAGGUGGUAGCAGUUCACAAGGUGGUAAGAGAUUUGGGCGUCCAAGCAAGUCUUCACAAUUUGGAGCAUUUGGUAGCUCUUCAAGCUAUCCAGGAUCAUUAUCAAGAAAUCGUAUUCAAUCUUCAAAAGGAGGUCAGCAGGGAUUUUCAUCUAGCUACAGUGGUGGCGGAUUCUCAAACUCACGUCGGAGUGGAGUUAGUUUAAGAGGCUCUUUAACAAGUUCACGCUUGUUUUCAAGUGCCUAUCCCGGAAAUUCUAGAUCGAGAAUUAGAAUAUCAUCAUCAUUGCCAUACGAUGUAUUAUCUAGCACUUCGAGUUAUACAACACUUCCUACAGAUAGCUCUGAGGAUGACGGAGGGGUUACUCAAAAAUAUGAAUUUGAUGAAGAAACCGAUAUAACAACGGAGAACACUCGUAGAAAUAAUGGUUUAUUACGCUUGCGUAGACCUCAACUGAACCGUCCAGCAUUCCAAGUAACACCUCGCCGAAAUGCAGCUAACCCAAAGCCACGUACAACUUCAACAACAACACAACGUCCACGCGCAAGACCUGCUCAGCGUUCUUCAACUUUUAAACAGAUUCAGAACAGAGCAAGACCACAGAACAGUCUUUUCCCUCCACGAAGAUUAUUCCAACCUCAAAAUAACGGUGAAGAUUUCGAAAACGACAAAGACGACAACGAUUCGUCGGAUUAUGAAAACGAUGAUGAAGGGAUAGAGGAAGAAGAACAAGAUGAUUUAAGUCGUCGUCGCCGAAGUGAAAGUAAUUCAAAACCUUUAAUAAAAGAGAGGUCUAAGCGACAAGUCAAUAAUUACCGAAACAGAUUUCGUCGACCAUCUACUACAAAACCAGCUUCUGAAGAACGAGUAGAGGAUCCCAUUGGCGAUGAUUCUAGUAGUACAGCUCGUACACGUGCGUCUUCACGUUUUUCACCUCGCACCCUUUCUACAUCCCCAGCUAACCCGUCUUCCUAUUCAACAAAAAGCAAUAAAGCACAGCAUAAUAACCGAUCUAUACGCCCAACAAAACCCAAUGUAAGCAAUCGUGCUCAAUUCACUCUAAGAGAAAAAGACACAACACCAAAACAUACUUCACCGCGUCUCGCAACAAAUUUUAGGCGUCCCUUACCUAACUCUGGCUCCUCAUCAACAUCUUCAAGACGUACAACAACAACGGCAUCUCGUCCAAAGGCACCUAGGAUCAAAAACUAUGGCAAUCCUAUCAGUGAAACAACUCAUAGCAGCAAUCCACGUGGAAGAACCCCAUCCAGCCGUUCAAGGUCAACAGUUCGAAGCAGAAGCCGUAAUGAUUUCCCCACUGAUCCAGUAGUUCCAGCUUUUGAUGGAACUAUCACUGUAACGCACACGACGCCCACCGAAAUCACAAUUCCAGUUGUCAACGGCAAAGUUACAGAAUAUAAAAAUGUGCUGACAACUACUACUAGUACCGAGGUUGUACCGCCAAAUUUAUACACCUCAGUUAUUGGUCAGCUCGGAAGCUCAACUUUGGUGCUUAAUCGUGAAGAAACUUCUAUAAAUUUAAACGGGGCUACUGAAGUCACUCAGUUUAUACUGCAUGAACAACCAACCACUACAGCAAUAUUUACACCAACAACCAUAAGAGGCCGUAAGACUUCGUUUGUGCACAUAAUACCAUCAACAGCCUAUCAAGUUGAAAAUGUCGUAUCCACUAUGCAACCGCAGAUAGCAACUAAUGCGCCCCUGGCAAACAUUCUACUUUCUCAACUGUUGCUAGGAAACUUGGGAAAUUUGAAUCAAGCCAAUAUUAAUCCUAUCUUGGCCUUAGGUGGAGCAACACAAGCUAAUUCUCAAGUUCCAGGGAUCCCAACAACAGAAUAUAAAACAAAAUCAUCGACAUACGUUACAACAGUUACUAAUGGAAUGUCAACUAUUAUUCCACUUACAUUUCAUGGGAAGGAAAUUUUGACAACUAUUUAUGACAGUUCAUCGGAGGUCAUAACCGCCACUGAAUAUUUCACCGAAACAAUUGUAGUAACGCCAACUCAACAAGCACAACAAGUGCAACAAGUGAACAGUCUGCUAUUGCCAUACCUGCUGCAACAACAGCUCCAGGGACAAGGCCAACAACUGCCUUCUCAACCUGCACUGCCCAUUCAGAACUCCAUUCCACCUCAAUUGUUAUUCCCCGAAAAUUUACAGGACUUAGAUCAUAAUGGCAUUCAUAAAUAUAAUGAUUAUAGCUCAGACAUUGAUGACUACCCAAACAAUACUCAGAACGAGCAAAUUUUCGAGUCCUCUCAAAACAUCAAUACGAACACCAACACACACAAUACCCAGCGAUCGGGCAGUCGCAAAAAAGGUGGUCGUAAAUUCCACAAGCAACAUUCAUCAGCACCAGCACCUGCCGUAAUUGAAUCAAGUGUUAUAACGCUUUAUGUAUCAGGGCGACGCCCUGGAGAAUUUAGUACUGUUCUAUCAACUGUUCAAGCAGGAUCCGAACCUACGUUGCGAAAACGUCAAAUCAAUCGCUCUCAACCUCUUUUCAGAUCCACUUCACACGAUGACUAUGAAGAUUAUUAUAGUUCGGAUGGAAGUGAGAUCGAAGAAUACUUGUUGCCAGCUAGUAAAGAUAUCAUCUCUGGUCAAAAUCUUAAGAGUAAUUCCUUAUCUGAAGAGACUCAAAGCCUUGAGAGCAUAGUAGGUGAUGUAGGCCUUUGGUAUACUAAAACUUCUAUUCUGUUUGGAAUUGAUUCGAACAAUAGUGAACCUUCGACUAUUUAUGAAGAUCAAUUAGGGCUUAGUAGUACAGGUUCUAACAUAAACAUCAAAUCGGAUUUAGAGUCUUCGUCUUCAUUAGAAGGAUUAUUUUCUCCAUUAAUAAUAAAAGACCCAAUUCAAAGUUCGCAGUCUAAGUAUUUUUUAGUCUAAUUGACCUUAGAGAGCCUUCCCCACUCAUGUCUAAGGUCAAUAGUUCGAUGACAAGAGUCGACACCGGGGAGAACAAACUUUAUCAACCCUCUUUGACCUCAAAAUUAUCAACAUCAAUGCCAAAAUACAGACAAAAUUUUGCAAUGAAUGAUGAAGUGCUUCAUGUAAUAAAUAACAAAAACCUACAUUUGUCUAGAAUAAGAAACAAACGUACAGUUCUAGAAUUAAAUCCUUUUAAGGAUCGGGAAAAUACCACAGAUGAAUACUCCAACCCUUUGACUAUGAGAAGAAAAAUUAAAAAAACUCUUAUAAGACGCUUGGGUCCGAUACAGGAGAAACAAACAAAUCAAAUGCUGACCAUUAAUAAUAAUGGUCCUCACAGAUGGCAUGUUGUUGUAAGAAAGCGAAAACCUAUUGUAAACAGCACAGAACUAUACGCUCUGGAAUCUGAUUUAGUACCAGAAUUGUUGUUAUCGAUGCUAUCACCAACAUCACUUAACAUAAGAAACUCAUCAUUAAAAACUUCUUCAGGCUAUCACAUAAUACCCUCGCAAGAAGAAAAAACAAUAAAAAAUUCAAUCACACUAUUAAAAAUGCCAAAUAAUGAAACAGUGUUCAGCUCAAAGCGUCAAGAAGCACUGCUACCAACAUCACUUCCUAUACGAAUGGGUCGGAGAUGUAACUUAAGAAAA